AUGGCCGUUUCAGCUAUUGCUUCAACCGCAAUUAAAAAAGCUUAUGAUAUUAUUAUUGUUGGAGGUGGUCAUAAUGGUUUAGUAUCCGCAUCCUAUUUAGCUCGAAAUGGUUUACGAGUACUUGUAUGUGAAAAACGUUGGAUUAUAGGCGGUGCAGCUUGUACAGAAGAAAUUAUUAAUGAUUUUAAAUUUUCUCGUGCAUCAUAUUUAAUGAGUCUAUUUCGACCAAUAAUUAUUAACGAUUUAGAAUUAAAAAAACACGGUCUCAAAUAUUAUUUUCGUGAUCCAUCAUCUUAUACUCCUUUGAAACAACCAAUUAGUCGAGAAAAACGUUCACUACUUCUAUCGCAAAAUGAUGAAUUUAAUGCAAAACAAAUUGCUAACUUCUCACAUGCAGAUGCACAAAAUUAUCAAAAAUAUGAACAUUGGUUACAGAAAAUGAGCGAUUCGAUACAAGUUUUACUUGAUACAUCGCCACCCGAUCUUCAAACUACAAACAAACAAUUUACUUAUCGUCGAAUAAAAAGCUGGACUCAGCUCUUAACAGUGUACAAAAAUAUGUUAAAACAUUUAAAAUUAAGUGGAAGUUUAGAUUUUUAUCAAUUAUUAACGGGAUCAGUGAGUAAAGUACUCGACAGAUGGUUUGAAUGUGAAAUAUUAAAAGCAACAUUGGCUACUGAUGGACUUAUCGGAGCAUGGUGUUAUGUUGAAGGUGGUAUGGGCGCUUUGAGUGAAUGUAUUGCUUCAUCUGCUCGGUCGUCAGGUGUUGAAAUUCGAAUGAAUUGUCCAGUAAAAGAAGUUAAUAUUAAAAAUUCAAAAGUAACUGGUGUCAUAUUGGAAAAUGGUGAAGAAAUUGAAUCAAAUUUUGUUGCAUCGAAUGCAACGGCCUUCUCAACUUUUAACCAUUUAAUAUCGCCAAAUAUAAUUGAAAAUAAUGAUGAAUUACGUGAGUUAAAACGAUACAUUACAUCAGGAGAUUAUACGAGUGGUACGACAAAAAUAAAUCUUGCUCUAAAAGGAAUCCCAAAUUUUACGGUUGAUCCAAAUACAACAUCGAGUGGUAUCAUGCCUCAUCAUCAAUGUACAAUCCAUUUAAAUACUGAAACAAUGGGUAGUUUACAAGGUGCCUAUAUUGAUGCUCUUAAUGGUAAACCAAGUCAACAACCAAUGAUCGAAAUGGUAGGUAUUAGUGAACAAAUACCUGUCAUUCCCUCUGUAUUAGAUCAUACAUUAGCACCGAAUAAUUGUCAUGUUGCUCUAUUAUUUACACAGUAUACUCCGUAUCGAUUAUUAAAUGGUCAAAAAAUUGUAAUGAGCGAAAAAGAUAAGAAUGACUAUUAUCGAACAAUAAUUAAUUCCAUUGAACAAUAUGCACCAGGUUUUGAAAAACUCAUCGUUGGAAAAGAUAUGCUAUUUCCACAAGAUUUAGAAAAAGAAUUCUCACUAGAAGGUGGAAAUAUUUUUCAUGGUGCCUUAUCGUUAGAUCAACUAUAUGCAUUUAGACCUUCAUCAUCGUGUUCAAGUUAUCGUACACCAAUUGAUGGUUUAUAUUUGUGUGGAAGUAGUACUCAUCCGGGUGGUGGUGUGACAGGAGCACCUGGUCGACUAGCAGCAUUAACAAUGAUUCAAGAUUGGAAAAGAAAGAAAUUAUUUAAAAAAGGAAAAAAACAAUUGUUUUGA